UUUCCGCAUGUGUUAUUUACUUGCUUCAAUUUUACCUUUUUGAAAUCUCAUUUUUAUUUUAUUUGUUUUAUUCCUCUUUCCAAUCAAUCUUCUUUCUCUAUGGCCACCGCCAAGGAACAAUUUCUGCAACAAUUCGGUGAACACUACGGUUAUCCUAACGCCCCCAAAACUAUUGAUCAAAUUCGUGCUACUGAAUUCAAUAGAUUACAAGAUCUUGUUUACUUGGAUCAUGCCGGUGCUACUUUAUACUCUGAGCUGCAAAUGGAAUCAGUUUUCAAGGAUCUUACCAAUAACGUUUAUGGAAAUCCUCAUAGCCAGAGUGAUUCCAGUUCUGCAACUCUCGAGAUUGUGAGGGAUGCCCGCCAGCAGGUCCUUGACUACUGCAAUGCUUCUCCCAAAGACUACAAAUGUAUAUUUACCUCGGGGGCAACAGCAGCGUUGAAACUGGUUGGAGAGUCUUUUCCAUGGAGUUGUAACAGUAAUUUUAUGUAUACAAUGGAGAAUCAUAACAGUGUUCUUGGUAUAAGAGAAUAUGCUCUUGAUCAAGGAGCUGCAGCCAUUGCAGUAGAUAUUGAAGAUGUAAAUCCUAGAAUAGAAGGUGAAAACUUUUCUACGAAGAUAUCACCGCACCAAGUACAAAGGAGAAAAGCGGCUGGAUUGCUGGAGGGAGAGACAAUGGGUGAUGUGUAUAAUUUGUUUGCCUUUCCCUCAGAGUGCAAUUUCUCUGGGUUGAGGUUCGACCUUGACUUGGCGACGAUUAUCAAGGAGGACCCGAGCAGGAUUUUGGGAACUUCAGUUUGCAAAAAUGGGCGAUGGUUAGUCUUGAUUGAUGCUGCAAAAGGAUCUGCUACCAUGCCACCUGAUUUGUCGAAGUAUCCUGUAGAUUUUGUCGCACUCUCAUUUUACAAGCUGUUUGGAUAUCCAACUGGGCUUGGAGCUCUCAUUGUUCGAAAUGAUGCUGCCAAGUUACUGAAGAAGUCUUAUUUUAGUGGAGGUUUGUGGCUUAGUGGUUACUUUCCUUUUUGUGGUUUACACUUUUUGUUUGAUUGGUCGGUCCCUAUGUCAGGAACGGUUGCUGCAUCAAUUGCCGACAUUGAUUUCAUUAAAAGAAGGGAAGGUAUUGAGGAACUCUUUGAAGAUGGAACUGCUUCAUUCUUGAGCAUAGCAUCUCUCCACCGUGGCUUCAAAAUACUGAAUUCUCUAACUGUAUCAGCAAUAUCAAGACAUACAACAUCUCUUGCCCUGUAUACGAGGAAAACACUUUUGGCCCUAAGGCAUGGCAAUGGAUCUAGUGUCUGCAUCCUCUACGGACCUCAUAAUUCAAUGGAAACGUAUCACGAAAUGGGUCCGAUAGUUUCAUUCAACUUGAAAAGGUCAGAUGGUUCUUGGUAUGGAUACCGUGAAAUGGAAAAGCUGGCAUCUCUUUCAGGAAUUCAGCUAAGGACAGGAUGCUUCUGCAAUCCAGGUGCAUGUGCUAAAUAUCUUGGCUUGUCUCAUACGGAUCUCAUUUCAAAUACCGAGGCUGGCCACGUUUGUUGGGAUGACCGUGAUAUCAUUAACGGAAAACCUGUUGGUGCUGUAAGAGUAUCCUUUGGCUACAUGUCAACAUAUGAAGAUGCCAAGAAAUUGGUUGAUUUUGUAACGAGUUCCUUCGUGUCACCUCAAAAUCACGUUGACAACGGGAAACAAUUGAAAGGCGUGAGUGGUUUCCUAGAUACCUGUUAUUAUCUCAAAUCAAUUACUCUAUAUCCAAUAAAAUCCUGUGGAGGUUUCAGUGCAAGAAGUUGGCCUCUUAGCAUCAAUGGAAGCCUGAAACAUGAUCGUGAAUGGAUUCUCAAAAGCCUGAGUGGUGAAAUUCUUACACUGAAAAGGGUUCCUGAAAUGGGUUUGAUAAGCUCCUUUAUUGACCUCAGUCAGGGAAUGUUGUUCAUAGAGUCUCCACAUUGUAAAGAAAAAUUGCAAAUCAGGCUUCAGCUAGAUUCUUAUGAUAGUGCUAUACAGGACAUUGAACUGCAGGGCCAGAGGUACAAGGUAUAUAGUUACAGCAAUGAGACGAAUGUGUGGUUUAGUGAAGCCAUCGGAAGACCUUGCACUUUGUUACGAUAUUCUGGUUCCAAUCAUGAGUUUAUGUUGGAUAGGACCAAUGAUGUAGUUGCAUGUAAAGAUACAAAUAGUGCAGUCAGUUUUGCCAACGAAGGUCAAUUUUUACUUGUAUCGGAGGAAAGUGUUUCUGACCUAAACAAAAGAUUAUGUUCAGAUGUUCAGAAGGGCAUAUGUGGAACAGAAACACAAGUCAACGCAAAUAGAUUUCGUCCCAACCUUGUUGUAUCUGGAGGAAGGCCUUAUGAUGAAGAUGGAUGGAGAGAUAUUAGGAUUGGAAAUCAGUAUUUCAGAUCACUAGGAGGAUGUAAUCGAUGCCAGGUAAUCAACCGUUCACUAAAUGCCGGGCAAGUGCAAAAAUCAAAGGAGCCAUUGGCAACUUUAGCAUCAUACAGGAGAGUAAAGGGAAAGAUUUUGUUUGGCAUACUGCUGAAAUAUGCAUCUGUUAAUGGAGAGCAGCAACAAUGUGAUUCCUGGCUUCAUGUGGGGCAGGAAGUGCAUCCAGAUUGAUGUUUGCAGUUUGCAAUAAUUCAUUCAUUCAUUCAUUCUGAAAAGCUCCCAAAUUCAUGUCCUGUCCUCCAAGACUACUGGCAGCAUUUAUGUUGUACAAUUCUAUAGGAAUAGGAGCAUACUAUAUAUGCUUUAAAUAAUGUGGGAUGGAUUCAGUAUCUCAAAAUGUAUAUCAGUCAUAAUUUUUUUGUUGUUAUAUAAGUGUUGACCACAGAAAAAUAAAGAAUGAAUAAGAUAUAAGUGUUUAUUACGCGGUCUGAUUCGACCAUGGGAUGGAAACAAGUUAGACUAGUUUUGAGCAGAAACUGUUUUAUAAAAUAGAAAUACAUAUAAUUAACC